GCAACAGAAGUUAAAUACCCACACCAGCAUGAGUCCACCAGAUGAUGGAAACGCGGGAUUUCGGGGAAAGUUAAAAACAUGUGGACGAAGAUGCUUGCAAAAUUCCAAGGAAAAUUUAUUACUUGUUUUACUGUUUUUUGGUGUGUUUUUUGGAGUUGGUAUGGGGUUCUUUGUGCGGGCUGUUGCAUCUCCGUUCACGCCCAGGCAGAUCAUGUACCUUAUGUUUCCUGGAGAGAUUCUUAUGAGAAUGUUAAAAAUGCUUAUUCUGCCGCUGAUCGUCGCCAGCUUGAUCGCUGGAAUUGCGGGACUUGAUGCCAAAACGUGUGGCCGAAUGGGGCUACGCACCAUCGCUUAUUUCGCUACCACCACCUUCAUGGCGGUCGUUCUGGGAAUUAUCAUGGCCACUAGUAUACAGCCCGGGGGUGGAACAGGCUCCGGGGAUAUCAAAAGAUAUGGUGCCGCCAAAAAAGUCAACUCAGUGGAUACAUUUCUCGACCUCAUCAGGAAUUUAUUUCCAGAUAAUUUGAUCCUAUCCUGUAUAGAUGCAUAUCGAACGGCAGAAAAAAAAGUGUUUAUAGAGAAAACGGUGACGAACGAAACGUUAAAUGUUACAUCAACGUCAACCAUAUCACCGACUACGUUGGUCUACAACUUACUGAAUAACGACACCAAUCUAACAGACGCCGAUACGCAAGACUUUAACUGGGUACCCACAAAGUCAUCUACAGGCCAGACGAAUGUAUUGGGUAUUGUCAUGUUUUCUAUAUUGUUCGGUGUGAUGUUGGGUCGUAUGGACAGUAGGGGUAAACCAGUUCUCGAUUUCUGUGCAGUAAUCGUGGAAGUCACAAUGAAACUGUUUACAGUGUUUAUAUGGUAUUCGCCAAUUGGUAUUGCGUUCCUGAUAGCUGCUAAAAUAGUUGAGAUGGAAGAUUUUAGUGUAUUGGUGGGAAAAGUUGGCUUGUAUUUUAUUACUGUGCUGUGUGGAUUAUUUGUUCAUGGUGCAGUCGUUUUACCGGGAUUAUAUUUUCUCGGUGCUCGACAAAAUCCAUACAAAUUUAUAUAUGGUAUAUCACAGGCUAUGGCCACUGCUUUUGGUACAUCUUCUAGUUCUGCAACCAUGCCAGUAACUCUUCAUUGCUUGGAACAUAAUAAUCACGUGGACCCGCGCGUGAGUAGUUUUGUCAUCCCUGUGGGAGCCACAAUAAAUAUGGAUGGUACAGCUUUGUACGAAGCGGUGGCUGCGCUCUUUAUAGCCCAAGUUAACAACAUGAACAUGGACUUCGGACAGAUAGUAACUAUAAGUAUAACGGCUACUGCUGCAUCGAUAGGAGCUGCCGGGGUUCCACAGGCAGGUCUGGUAACCAUGGUAAUUGUUCUGUCAGCUGUUGGUUUACCUGUCAAUGACAUCACAUUGAUUCUAGUCGUCGAUUGGUUCUUGGAUCGAUUCAGAACUAUGACCAACGUCAUGGGUGACAGUCUGGGGGCUGGUCUGGUUUAUCAUUUGUCAAAGCAUGAGUUACCUCCACUUGAGCACGAGAUGUUCGACACAACUCUACAACACGAACCAGUCAAAGUUCCAAACGGUCACGAAGGAAACGCCAUUACUGCAGUUUAGUGUAUUUAACCGGAAAUACUUAUCACGCGCAUUCUCGGAGAUAAUAUGCAAUAUUCCCAACUGCCAAUAGUUCAGUUGAAUAUGAAUUAUGAUGAUAAAAAUGACAUGAUAUAAUUUUCCAAAAAAUACCAUAAUGAAGCAAGAAAACCGAAAAACGAUUGUAGUCCAUAGUGCUGUAGUUGGGGUAGUAUGUAUUUGUAAAUAUAUAUAUACAUGAUUAUAUAACGGAAAUCGUCUGCAAGUUAAAACUAUUUUAACUGCGCGAGAAAAAAGAUGGCGGUAAUUUCUAUAAAUAGAUUCAGCAAGUUCAAUCGAUGAACGAUAACGAUGGAGUAUGAAAGACAUAUUUGGAGAGAAAACAAAACGCUUAAAUCAAACUUUAGAACACGGUUUAUUUUCUUAAUCUAUAAAGCUGUUGUCAAACCCUGCAUUUAUCGAUUUACACUUCUCACGUGACGUUUUGUCUUUAACACGGUAACAAUGAUAUCAUAAUAUUAUUUAAGGAUUGUCCAAAAUUUGGAGAUUUUAGUUCGGUUUAUCAAAACAAUGGCACCACUUAAGAAUACUACUAACUUAUUGGUAAUCGAUAGUUCUUCUAUUUACCGUCUUUCAGAAGUGGGUGUAUUCCCCAUUCUUGGAUUGUAACCUAACAAAGUCAGGUCGAAGUCUACAUGAAUAUAUAGAUUCUGAGUUACCGGUUGCAAAUAUGAAACAUGACGUCACCCAAUAUGUGCACUUCAUUUUAUUACGUCACUAUCUUUUUUAAAACUUAAAAUACUGAAGCCGCGUUUCCGUAAUUCGAUAAAUGUUACCCCAGGUAGUUAAACAUAAGCUUGUAAAUGUAUACGCUAAUAGAUUCCAUCAUUAUGAGAAUAGAUUGUUUCUCGUUGUUUAAAAUGAUAUUAAAUCACCAAUAUCUGUAAAUAUACCAUAAUUAAAUGUACGGUAUUUAUGUAGUUAGUUCGUAGUUUAGAGUGUAUGCCUACUUUCAGGUAGCAAUAGAUGGAACACGGUUUUGAAAUUCUACAACAUUAGCAUUCUCAUCAAUAGAAUUAAAUUAAUACAGUUUUAAUUUAUCAAUCUAUAAUAAAUAUAUUUAUCAUAUUUGUUAAUGUGAAUGGCGUAUUACUCAUCCCAAACGGUAUACAAGAUUCUUUCAUAAAAGCUGGAUUUCUUUGGCGGAUGUGGCUAUCGAGAUUUUGAUUUAAUCGCAUUGCCGAUAGUAAUUUUUUUUUUUUCGAAAAAUAACUUUUGACAUUACUAGCUAUUGCCGCUCCACAAAAAAAACAUGUCACUAAUAUCGAACCCUGUCCGGAUAAUCAGCUUGAAUAUCCCCUUACAAAUAUUAGAUUCUUUAGUGUUAUUUUCUGAAAAAUUGGGAAUAAAUCAAUUUAGGGAUCGAAAUAGCAAAUGAGAAUUGUUAGUAACUGUCAAAGGAUCCAGACUAUAUGUUAUGUAGUUUUUAUGUGUCAUAUGUGUUCACACCUUCACCACUUAAAUCUCCCUCCUCAUCCAUGGUUGUGAAUUAAGAUAUCAAGAUAUUUAUCUCGUGAAAGAUAUCGAAUUAUUUGUGGUUGUGAUUUUUGUACUUAUUUCUAGAGUUGUGAUGAUCAGAUUAUUUUGGACAGAGUUAUAGACCUUUGGUAAAACGUGAUUAUAUCUUUUUUUUGGUCCUUUAUUAGAAUUAUUUACCUUUGCUCCAAGCCAUUUCAAUUUUAAUAUCUACGUAUUGCACAAUAUUCCAGAAUAUCUAUAUAAUAAAAAAAUUGAUAGGCCACUAAACAGUUUUUUUACGUAUGUUUUAUCAUACAUUAUCAUACUAAUAAGUGAAAUAAAGGUAUAAAAAAGGGGGCAAGCAACUCUUUUAUCACCAACUUGACUCAAUUGUUUAAUAUUAUUUAAUAUCUUGACCAAUAUUCAUAUAUAUUGACAGUUAAUUCAAAUAAUGGUCUUUGGCAAAGACUAAUAAAGGGAAAUAACUCCAAUAGAUACACCCAACUUGAUGAUCGAACCAUUCAAUUUCCAUACACUCACUUGGUAAUGUCUAAUUCAUUGUUAAAUGUAAGUUGUUGAUUUUGAAGAAUACAGAUAUUAUUACUAUUAUUGUUGUUAUUAUUAAUAUCAUUAUAAUUAUUAUUCAUGGUUUAUUGUUUUGAUAGAUUAUAUAUCUUCGUAUUGAAGACAUAUUUGUAUACAUUGUAUUUACUGCACAUUGACCUGUACUGAAGGAUCGAAACCUCUUUGAUUUUAGGUAAAACAAUACGUUUUGAAUGACUUUCCUUAUUAUGUACACACUUUCGACAAAUAAACGUUCGGUUCAGAAGAAAAAGCAGAAGAAGUUGAAAGCAAGAUUGAUUAUAUUAAUUUACGGAAAGAAGUUUAUGAAAUAGAAAGAUUUUCAUUCCAAAGGAAAUUAAUGCAUUACAUUAAAUCAAAUGUGCACUUUUAUUUCUUACAAAAAUCAAAGAGGUCGCCCCCUCGUACCAUCCAUAUAUAUAUAUAUAUAUAUGGAUUGCAUAAGAAAGGUAAAUAUAUAUAUUUAUAAACGUUGAAAUCUAGCGUUUAUUCAUAAAUAUAAAUAUAUUUUGCCUGUUAAUUAUUGUAUAUAUUAUACAUUGCAUAUUUGUCAUUAUAUAUAUUUAUUGUAUAAUAGAUCUGGGUGAGUUAGUUCGUGUAAACGUCCAGAAUACAGACACCGUUUUAUGAAAAGUAUACAUUUGAAAAAAGUACAACAAUAAGAUAAUUGACUUGACUACUUUGGUACCAUUAUACAAGAAGGGAUUUGGUGUUAUUCUGGUAACAGAAUUUUCAUGAUAGAAAAAUAGAAUAAUAUUUAAAUUUGAAUGCAAUAUGGAGUCUAUAAUUUCACUUAAAUGCGAUAUCCUAAAUGACCAAUUAGGGUAAUGAACAAACAUCGCUUCGUCAAAGUGACCGACUCCCUAGUAGUAACGUAUUUCACGUCACGAUAACGAUAGUACCCAAAUCUCCUUAAUAACCUCAAAUGCUGACCAUACAACAAACAACCAUUCUUUACAUUUAGAAAAUCAAACGAAAAAAAAACCGUAUAAGAACAAUACAACAUUUAAUACAAAACCUGUUCAAAAGAAGAAACGGACCUGUGCUCUGUAAUAGAUUAAGUAGAAUAGAAUUUUCAAUGUAUAUUAAUGUAGUAACAUAAAAUACAUAAUUUAUACAUUAUAUAACGACUAUGAUCUAUAAUACACUCGACACAACAACGGAAAUGUCCUAGAGUUUCUUUAAUAGUGCGAGGGACAUUUCCGGAUUUUCGCAAUUCAUCGGCAAUCAUAGAUUAUGUUUAAAUAUAAAAAUGAUGUAAACAAGGUUAGUAUAGGAUUCACUAAAAAACGUAUAUUAUUAAUAUUAUUAUUAUUAUUAUUAUUUGCAUAUUGUAUAUCAUUAAUUACAUAUUGUUGUUUAGAUCCACACGCGAACAUGCCAUUGUGUAGAGAUAUAUGAAAACGAAAUCAUGGAUUCAUCUUAGAAGUAUUUGUUGUCUUAAAUAUGUUGUCUUAGAAUUUUUACAGCAAUUAUUUAAGAAUGUUUGAAAAUUCUAAUCGAAGACUGUUGUAUUGUGACCAUAAACCCGGAGCUCUAACGAACAGGGUAUAUAAACUUCUAAUAUAGUAAAUAUAAAAUAUGUGGUGUAUAGAAUUAGUAUUUGAUAUUUUUGGUAUGUUUAUAUUUCAUUUAAAAUCUUUAUUACUGAUAUUUGAAGCACAGCCCACAUUCCAAAACGGAGAGAUGAAACUUGCUGCGAAAGUUAUCGGAACACCAAAACGACAAACAUGAGUAUUUGUGAGCGAUAGUCUUAAUUAUUCCAAUGGCGAUAUUAAUUAUCAAUGAUUAAACAUAUCAUUUUCGUUAAAUUCCAUGAUCUCGCGAAAUUUUAUGAUUAGCAUACGUCCCACUAAAUGUGGCAACAUUCCAGAAAAGACGUUAACUAUAUACUAUAAUUGUUAUAUUUGAUUGUAAAAAUGGAUUUCAGUAAUCCUUAGAUCAAGAAAUACUCCCGUAUUAUCUAUUCAACUGAUGAAUCGAGGAAAAUUGUGGAAUUCGUUUAUGGGUUUUAGAAUCUUACAAUAUGUAUAUAGAUAUCAAUUAGUUAUUAUUGAUACACUGAUCAAAGAGCUUGAAUCCACCACCACCAUUCGAUGUUGCAUAUCCAUGUUAAUUGUAAUCUAGUUAAUUUAUUCAAUAGUCUAUAAAUCAUGUUGUUUGUCAUUUUUUUCUAGAUUUAAUAAAAGGUUAAAUAUUA